AUGUUGGGCGUGCGAAGACCGAGUCUAGUCCGUCAGAUGGCUUUUCGACAGGAUUCCAAGGAGACUGACCUAUCCGUUCGCCACAGUCAUCUCGCGCCUCCGACUGUACCUCCAGACAGUCCCCGACCUCAAAAGGAUGCUUCAAGUGAGAUCAUUGGACCCUCGAUGAUGGUGACCAUGAAAGUGCCUGAUACUAAGAAAGAGAACAAUGUUGUGCGAUUGGAAUCCAUUCAACUAGAAGAAAAACGAAAGUGA